AUAGUGUAUUUGAAUAUCAAUAUAAUAUCAAUAUAAAAGCAUGAAGUUCUUGUAUAGUUUGCUUGGUGCAUGGUUGAUUACUUACCGUGUCGAUUGGGAUGCACAUUUUCGGAUGCACAGUGAGGUUCUGCGAUGGACAUAUGGAAGUUUUGACGAUGUUUUUGUUGCAUGUUACGAAGAAGCGAUAAACACAAGCUCGUUUGGUUACAAAAGAGACGGCACCUGUUUAUGCAAAGCGCAAAGAGCCUUUAUGAGAAGUAUUUGUUUCACAACAGGUCUUCAGUGUGAGCGGGAUCCACGCUGCGAUGGAUGGCUAUGUAAACUCUUCAUAUAUAACAAUAAUCACACUGUAUAUGAGAAAGUGUAUUUUAAUGAGUCUGGUGAAGUAAUCGUACGGGAGAAAGAUCUAUUGAACGCGCGCUUAGUUGCGAAUAUGGAUUGUGAUAAACAUAAUCAUUCUACGAUGACAUCCUAUGUAAAAACAUUGUUCCCAAUCUUACGUAAAACGGAACAGCCACAACGUUUGGAACUGGGGAGCGUUGAUUUAAUUUCAUUGUACAUACCCAAUACGUGUAGACGAUACAUUAAUGUGAAGAUUCACUCGGUUAUGAAAGACUUCAAAACCAUAAGCUGCUUAUUUGAUUUCAUUAAAACUUAUUUUAACUAUAUUGUUUGUUUUAUAGUUCUUUGCUUGAUGUUAAAACCACUCCAAGCUAAGGAAUGCUCUCAUGAAAUCACCAAAGAAAGCAUACCUACGCAUUAUAUCGAAUUAAAGGGUUUAACUAAACAUUUGUUUUACAGUUAUAUUUCGCCUCAUAUUCCUAAAGUGGUGUGCUAUCCAUGUACACAUGUUAAACAAGAAACUUCGAAGGUCAACGUGGAUCAUGAUGGUAUGAAGCACAAGGACAUGCCGAGUAGAAGUAAUAGUGUCAAAGAUUCAAAUGGAGAAAAUCCAAAUGACAGCACAGAUUAUCAUAAAACAAAAGAAGAAACAAAUCAUGUUGCCGAUAAUAUGAAGAUGGUGCGAGAGUUUGACAGAUUUAGAACGUAUGAGAAAUGUACAGAUAACCAUGAUUCUAUUUUCAUCUCAUUCAUUAAAUUAGCAAAGAAUGGAUUUUACUUCAAUCUAGAGAAGAAUCUCAGCAAAUGUUUUUGUUGUGGACUAGAAGUAGUGAAAUGGGACGAGGAUGUAACAAUUGAGAAAACGCACAAAGAUUUAUCUUCCGAAUGCAAAUUCGUGACUGGCAAGGACUCUUUAAACGUUCUAAUGCACAAGGACACCAGUGAUCAUAAUAAAACCACUAAUAGUGAACAAGUAAGCGGCGCAAACGGUGGCCCAGAAAACGUCAACAUUCAACAUAUAAACAGAACGGGUGACGUUGAACAUAAAUCCAAGAAGAAUGCUCAUCUAUGUGAUAGUCAUAAACCAGAAACACCACUUGAGCAACUGUCUUACGCCGAUAACGUUCUAUUCGCAAGCGCUAGACAUCCUGAUCUUGCCAGUCGCGAAAAUCGUACGUCUACCUUCCUAAACUGGACCAACUCACAUAAUGCGUCGAUAAAUAGUCUUGUCAACGCUGGGCUUUAUUAUACAGGUACUGGCGAUGAAGUCCGCUGCUUCCAAUGUGGUGGCGGCAUGAGGAACUGGAAGCAAGGGGACGACCCCUGGAUGGAGCAUGCGUACUGGUUCCCGGACUGCGAGUACGUUCGACAGCGCAGGGGCCAGGACUUCAUCGACAUGGCUCGCAUGGGCAGAGCGUUUGAACGAGGUCUUGACAUUGGAUCAAGCCAACGGACACUUCAAACAACAGAAGAGGAACGAACUUCUGAAACUCAACUGUUUUCUCAACAUCGAGCCAAUCCAAGGGCUCCUCCAUCUGACAUUGCCAGUUUACAGAUUCCUGAUGACUUGAUGGUAGACUCUGUUGCUAAUAUGGGCUUUGACAAAGAGCAUGUGAUUCUCGCCCUGGGUCAUAUAAGAAGGACGCAUUCUGAAGGAUACAAAAUUCAGCCCGAAGAAUUGAUCGACUAUCUUCUGGCCAAUCCGCGAACAGAACCAUCUGUCGUCACCCCAGGGGUGUCUAAAGAAAUCAACGAAGAAGCGAGACCUAAAAAGGAAAGGAAGAACAAGAAGAAAUCAAAUGACGUCAAUAACGCUUUAGAUACAAGCUCUGAAAACAAAGACAUCAGUGCUAUUUUGGAUGAAAAUGAGAAACUUAAGCAGCAGUUUAUGUGCAAGGUGUGCAUGGAUAACAACGCGUGCGUGGUAUUCGUGCCGUGUGGUCACAUGGUCACGUGUGUGAAAUGCGCAAGCGCACUGAGAAAAUGCGCUAUCUGCAGGGCGAACAUUCAAGGAAGCAUACGGGCUUAUUUAGGUUGAAUGGCUUUGGGAUGACGUUAAAAUGUUGUGCCAAACAUCAAAUAUCAAUCUGGUUAUACAGUGUUUUAUUCAUUUUGGUUUAUGACAUAUAUUUUUUUUAUCUUUGUGAUAUAGAUCAAACGUCUUUACGUUUUUUUGUUACUAGGCAGCAUUUGAGUGGCAUUUAAUAAUUAGUUUUAGAACUACAAUACUAGUAUACUUUUUAAAUGCAAUUGACUUUCUACGAAGAAGUGGGAACAUACUGUUUUGCACCUUUCCGUGUGGUCGGUAAUUCGGACCGUACGUAGACCAUUUCGUUUUCAGUAUCGAAACGACGCUUUUAACUACGAGCAUUGCAUUGAUUAUGUUUGUAUUACUUGGGAUAAAAGAAAGACGCAUUUUGCUUUUGAUGUCAACAGGAUAAGGAUCAAUGUGACAGGAGCUUGAAACAUGAAAACUUUUUUCCUUUAACCUUUUUAUUCCCGAACGAUAUCUACAAAAAUAAGUAUGUUUACUGUUAGAGUAUUAACAAUUAUGUUAAAUUGGGUUAACAAUUGUUUUGCUUAGUGAUGUUCUGAUUAUUUGUCCCCUACCGGUUUCACCGGAGGGGACUUAUGGUUCUCCCUCUGAGCGUCUGUCUGUGAGUCUGUGAGUCUAUCACACUUUUCUGGAUCCUGCGGUAACUUUUAAAGUUCUUCAUAUUUUUUUCAUGAAACUUUAAACAUGGAUAGAUGGCAAUAUGGACAUUAUGCACGUCAUUUCAUUUUGUUCCUUCGUCAACAAUUCUGGUUGCUAUGGCAACAAAUAUAUAUAAAAAAUCUGACAAUGGUGGGGCCGGUAGGGGCCAUAUAUUGCUUGGCAAUAGUCUUGUUCAUUUAGAUAAUUAAUUUUGGCAAGCAGACUCUUGACGCGACGAUGACGAUGGGAAAAAUAAAUCGAAUUUUUUUCAAAUGUCUUUAUUCAGAUCUGACAUGCAUGUCAACGAGAAUUUAAUAAUGAAUUACUGUAAAAUAACAGUUGUGUAUUUUAUAAUGCGUCGAACAAGUAAAUUAUUGCAUAUGUUUUUUAUCUUAAACAUGUGUUUUCUUGUACGGUGAUGUAUUUCCUUUCCUCUUGAGUUUAUUAAUAACCACGAAUGUAACUUCCUUUUAUCAAGUUUAUUGCAACAUUUCAAGAUAUAUAUAUAUACGACUGUUAACCAGGGAUAUUUAUGAUUAAUUUUAUUUGAUUGUAUCUUUACGCGCUCGAUAAUUUGACAUAAACAUUCAAAAGAGCCAUGGAUUACGCUUAUAACAAGUGUGUACUUAGCCGACACUUUUUUUUUAAUCUCGGGACGUUUUGCGCUACAAAUGGGAUAUUUCAACAUUCAUUUAGUAACCCGUCUGCAAUAUUUAUAAUUUUAUUAUGUACAACAUUUAUUUAUGACUACAUACUAGGAUAUGCUUUGUAUAGUUAAAUUAAUAAGUUAAAAUUACAUUAUUUUUGUUCGUUUGAAAGUGCAAUUAAACCACAGUUAUUGUGAUAUUUUGUUUGAACUGAAACCAUGCUUUAUAACAAGAAUGAACUGACACUUAAACUGAAACGAUUAUUAAAUGGCAUAUUAUACAGAUAAACGAAAUUCCGCACUAUUGAGUCAUGGUGAAAUUAUUAAUAAGUCGCGUAAACCUCAAAUAACAUAUUCAGAACUGAUGUUAAACAUUUGAUUUGGUGUAUUGAAAGAACAUGUACAUCGACAUCUUAUGAUGAUUGGUCUAUCAAUUAAUGAAUGUAAUAUACGUCGUUUCUCUCAAGUUAGUUACAAAUAUUGUAUGUUAAACGUUAAUGGAUAAUGUAACCGUCAAAAUGCAUAUAUAUUAUAAUUAUCUUUAAAAAAUAGUAUAGUUUAGCAUUUUAGAUGGCUAUGAAUAUAUUCUAUUGAAAUCAAAAUCAAUCUAUAUAUAUGGACAUAUUGCAUGUAUUUUGAAUAAAUAUUAUUUAGAUGUUUACAUGUUAAUUUACCAUAUACGUCAUAAAUAUUACUUUGUGUAUCAGCAAAUUUUGGUAUUGGAUUUAUGAAAAUGUAGGUUAAUAGCAACUGUAUUAUAUUUGACAAUGCAAACAAUGAAGAUAUUUAUUGUUAGUUGUAUCGAAUUAUACACCUGGUUAUACUGAUUGACGUAUUAGGUACGUCGUCCUUCUAUUUCAUUUGCAGCUUUAAAUGUGUUAAAUGUUAUUGUUCA